UUACACUUCGACACCCUCAACGAUGAAAUGGACAUUAAAGUGUCUGUUAACUGCUGCAAAGGUGAUCUUUGCAAUGAGAAAAUCCCAUAUUCACUUCCUGAAGAUGAGGGCCAACUAAAUGGUAAACUCUGCGAAUCUUGCUUCACAAACAACACUAAAGCGGAAUGUUCUUCUACCGAGAGGAUGGCCUGCCGCGGGCAUCAAAAUAAAUGUCUCUCGUAUGCAGCAACGGUGUAUAGAUCAGAUAACAUUGUCGUGGAUUACAGUAUGAAAGGCUGUAUAAGCGAGAAAGGAUGCUCCAUCGGGUUUGACGCUUUGCCGGGAUACCGGAAAGAAAGAGUAUUUCAGUGUUCGGAAACCUUAGACAGUUAAACAAUU